AUGGCGUUUGCGGCGGCGGGAAAGGAGAUGGGGCGGGCGUCCUACAUCCGGCUCAAGCACGGGGAGGAGCGGCGCGAGGCGUCCUGGAAGGCGCCCGAGGGCCGGAUCUUCUCCGCCACCACGCGCACCGAUGUUGCCGCACACCUUGGCGAGCUCCGCGACCAGAUCCUCGCCGGUUGCGCCUCCUUCACCGACCUCGCCGCACAGCACUCCAGCUGCUCCUCCGCCCGCCGCGACGGCGACCUAGUGCGUAUGGUAGAACCAAUCAAUAUGCAGAAUAUGGCAUGA